AUGGAAAGGAAUAGAGACAAAUUAAGAAAUGCAAUUCUGAGUAAUAAUGAUAGAGAAGUGUUUGACCUUUUAAGUAAUUGUUUAGAUCCUAAUUUUGAAGGUGGAUGGCCUAUUCGAUUAGCAGCUCGGCUUGGAUUUUAUUCUUUAGUUAAAUUAUUUGUAAGAUACGGCGCCAAUCCACACCUACUCAGUGAAUCGGGGGCCUCAACUUUGCAACUUGCAGUAUAUUCUGCUAAGCAUUGGGAUAUGGAUAAAUGGAACUUUUUAUUAUCAUGUUGUGACUCAUCCCAAUUAGCUGAUGGAGCCGCAGUUGCUAUUAUUUUUGGUAAUAUCGAAGCUUUAAGAAAGAUAAUUGCAACAGGUCGUUGCAAUACAAAUAUUCCAACAUCUUUAACAGGAAAAACACUAGAAGAUCUAGGAAAAGGUUACAAAUUACAGUAUUUAUUGGAUACAACAACAAGGCAUCACACAUUGCAAGUACCGGCGACACCAUCACCAAGAAUGUCUAGACAACACAGAUCGGAUCUCCGAGAAACUCCUGUGACACAUCACCGAAAUUUGUCCCCUUCUGUUGCAAGCUUUUUUAACCUUGCAGCAACGCAAACAUCCUUAACGCCUCCGCGUUCCCCCCUGGGACCAAUGUUUUCACCAACAGCACAAUAA